AUGAAGUGGUUACUCCUUGCUCUCUUGAUGUCAUUUCUAACCUGCUUCUCACUUCACAGGGUUCCUUUGUUUCAUGGAAAAUCUGCCCGUGACAUUCUUCAGGAGAAGGGAUUGUUGGAAAAAUUCCUGAAGGAUCAUCCAUAUGAUCCCUGCAUGAAGUUUGAAGGAGCUUGUCAGAUUGGAUCCCUGGAAUCCACAGAACCAAUGAUCAACUACUUGGAUCUGUCAUACUUUGGAGCGAUCAGCCUUGGCAACCCUCCACAGAGCUUCACCGUCAUCUUUGACACCGGCUCAUCCAACCUCUGGGUCCCCUCCAUCUAUUGUAGCCAGAAGCCAUGCAUGAUUCACCACAGAUUCAAUCCAUCCCAGUCUUCAACCUUCCACACCAAUGAUCAGUAUGUGUCCAUCCAGUAUGGGACUGGAAGCAUGACUGGAAUUUUGGGAUAUGACACCCUGAGACUUUCUAACAUCGUGGUCCAAGGACAAGAGUUUGGUUUAAGUUUAACUGAACCCGGCGGUUUCUUUUCCUACUGUAAAUUCGAUGGUAUUUUGGGCAUGGGCUAUCCAUCACUUGCGGCAGCUGGAGCCACGACUGUGUUCCAGAACAUGAUGUCUCAGAAUCUCAUUCCGGAGUCACUCUUUUCUGUCUACUUAUCAAGAACGACUGGUGCGACUGGAAGUGAAAUCAUAUUCGGUGGAGUUGACUCAAGCCACUUCACAGGCCCAAUUAACUGGGUCCCUGUCACUCAUGAAGCUUAUUGGCAAAUCGAGAUCCAGAGUGUGACGAUCAACGGCCAGGUUGUGGCCUGCAGUGAGGGUUGCCCUGCCAUCGUUGAUACUGGUACUUCUCUCCUCGUUGGUCCCAGCACACCCAUCAACAACAUUCAGCAGGGCAUUGGAGCAACUCUGGGUUAUUAUGGCCAGUACACCAUAAACUGUAACGAUAUGAGCAGCAUGCCUGAUGUGGUCUUCACAAUCAAUGGAUAUGACUUCCCUCUUCCUGCCUCAGCCUACACUCUGGAGGUUAGCUGCUCCAGUGGAUUUGGUAUCACUGGUGGAAACCUCUGGAUCCUGGGAGAUGUCUUCAUUAGAGAAUAUUACUCCAUCUUCGACGUAGGAAACAACCGCGUUGGAUUGGCUAAGGCUAUUUAA